UAAAAAUAUAAAAACGAACGCAGUCUAAAAAUGUUAUUGUACGUGUACGUAAACAUGUUUACGAAAUGUCAAACUUAACAUCACUCUUUUCAGUUCUUUCUAGUUCGGUUUAGACAAUAGAACUCAUCCAAAAAGAAAGGUCUGACGGUCAAGCCAUCAGGUUGCUGUUAACUUCUUGACCAUUGUGAGGUCAACUAACUCCAGAGUGGUUCUUGCCUGCUGUGGGGUAACAGUAGAGUGAAAAGCGAAAAUAAAAUGGCUAUGAAGGGUUGUUAUGUGAUGUUUGCACUGUGUGCAGUGCUUGUGCAAGUCAAGUCUGUGCAGUAUGACCUGGAUGUAGUGAGGAGCGCAUUUUUGUCCAACAUCCAGUCCAUGCUGGGAUCUGGGGGAGAGAUUACCCUGACUGACCUGCAGACAUUCUUCAGCAAGCACCAGAUCCAGCUAGUGAACUCGACCGUGUCUGAGUGCUUCAUGCAAUCCAAUGGCACUAACCCAGAGUUGAAUGAGAAAUGUCUGCUGGAAAAGUGCCUGAGCCCAACAGACGUGUAUGAGCUAUCUGGACUAGGCCGUGGACAGUCAAAGGCGGAGCUAUCCACAUUGACCACUGUCCUUCUCAACCUUCUUGAGCAGGGAGACUGUGUGCUUCACCACACACCACAACACCACCCACUCACAUCAUCUGUAGAGGCAUGGGGCUAUGGCAUCCUGUGUACCACCCUUAUCAAUGUGUGUUCGCUUGGCGGCCUGAUUGCUCUGCCCUUCAUACAUGGGGAUUUGUACAAGAAAGUGUUGCUCUUUAUGGUCGCCUUGGCUGUCGGAACCCUUGCAGGCAGCAGCCUUCUCUUCCUAAUACCAGAGGCCCUUGAGUUGACUGAGCAGGAGCUGGAUGAACACAGCUAUGUGUGGAAGUGUACAGUGGUCAUCUUCGGCAUUCUCGCUUUCUUCAACAUUGAACGCCUUCUCAAGAUGAUCACAGAAUACAGGGAGAAAAAGAGUGACCCACCAGGUCGACCCCGCACCACAAGUACUUCAAUGGACUUCUCCUCGUUCCACCAGACGAGGCCGCAACCAGAGUACAAGAACGUUGAGGGCCUGCCCAAGAUCUCCCCUUGUGGUAACAGUGAUACCUCUAGUGACUCUCUUGCAGAUGCAGACAAGGACGAGAAUAAUGUAUCUGAGGACAGGAAAUAUGAAACUGAGUUUCGGUCUAAUGGUGAAUCAGGUCAGUUGGUACCUCACCACCACCAUCACCACCACCCACGCAAACCAGUGGCUCCUGUAGCCUGGAUGAUCAUAUUUGGGGAUGGCAUUCACAACUUCAUCGACGGGGUCUCAAUAGGAGCUGCAUUCACGGAGAGCAUACUGGCGGGCGUGUCUGUGUCCGUGGCUAUUUUGUGUGAAGAGCUGCCUCAUGAGUUAGGUGACUUUGCUGUGUUGCUGAAUGCCGGCAUGCGACUGAAGAAGGCUGUACUGUACAACUUCCUGUCUGCGUGCAUGUGCUACCUGGGCCUCAUUGUGGGCAUCUUCCUCGGAGAAAACAUGGCCGCCCACACGUGGGUGUUUGCCUUUGCUGGGGGCAUGUUCCUCUAUAUAUCACUGGUGGAUAUGAUGCCGGAGAUGAACAGUGCGGGUGAACUUGAAGAUAACAAGCACAUGAGUCACCUGACAAUAUUUCUGCUGCAGAAUAUAGGCAUGAUCACAGGAUUCAGCAUCAUGCUUCUCAUGGCCAUAUAUGGCGGGAACAUAGAGAGUGCCAUCAAGGGUCACUCUUGACGGGCAUUACUAUGAUUUCUUUUUCACCCUUCAUGUUAGUACCAAGUGUUUGAUAGAGAAGUGUAAGAUGUUUGCAUGUAUUCGAAUGAUUUCGAGUGAAGUAUUUCGGGUGCAAUCUUGUUGCAACCCUAAAAUGUGAAGGCCAGAAAUUUUGAACUUCAUGGCAGACAAGAUGGAUUACUUUGUCUGUGUUGUCUUUGCUACCUGUGUUGUUGUGGGUGUCCUAUUUGUUUCUAAUGAAUCACUUCUGAACAACAAAUGUAUGGUCUUCAAACUUGGUAUGCAUAUUAUUCAGACAUGGUCAGUAGAUGACCUCUACUGAUUUUGGGUUCAAGGUUGACCUUUACUAGAAAAAUGACAGGCGCUUCCACCAGGCAAUAUUCAAGUUAAGUUAUUAAUUUGUUUGUUUGUUCGUUCUUAUGUUCAUUUAUUCAUUUAUUCAUUCAUCGAGGACUAGCAAUGCUCUUUCCAUUUAUAUUAUCAGUUGAUAAGGUAACUUUAUCAUUGUGCAGUUAGAAUCUGGAUGUUACUUAUACAUUCCAGACAUUUUGUAAAUAGAUGUAAUUAUUUGCUUAUUUUGUAUUUAUGCAUGAAGGUAGUUUUGAUCUCGUUUGGGAUAUUGAUUGAAGAUUGGUUAUAUAUGUUAAUACCGAUUGAGUACAUGCAACUCUGUUAAUGAAUACUGUAUGUGCAAGCCAACAGUUGUUUUGUAUACUUAAAUUACUAGUACAUACAUGUGCAUUUAAGGCACUUAAUGUCUUAGGGAUAUAGAAAGAAUAAGACAAUAAUUUUGAUUUGGUUUGUUAGUUGCUCAAUAUUCUGUUGUGGGUUAAUGCUAUAAAAUAGCAACACUAUUAAAAUAAUACAUUGUUUUGAAACGUUAUGAAAUUAAGGUAGCAAGACUGUAUGUUAAUACUGUUACAACUUGCUGUAUGUAUUGACAUUAACGGAAUGACUGUAUGUUAAUACUGUUACAACUUGCUGUAUGUAUUGACAUUAACGGGAUGACUGUAUGUUAAUACUGUUACAACUUGCUGUAUGUAUUGACAUUAGGGUAGCAUGUCUGUAUGUUAAUACUGUUACAACUUGCUGUAUGUAUUGACAUUAACGGAAUGACUGUAUGUUAAUACUGUUACAACUUGCUGUAUGUAUUGACAUUAACGGAAUGACUGUAUGUUAAUACUGUUACAACUUGCUGUAUGUAUUGACAUUAACGGGAUGACUGUUUGUUAAUACUGUUACAACUUGCUGUAUGUAUUGACAUUAACGGAAUGACUGUAUGUUAAUACUGUUACAACUUGCUGUAUGUAUUGACAUUAACGGGAUGACUGUAUGUUAAUACUGUUACAACUUGCUGUAUGUAUUGACAUUAACGGGAUGACUGUAUGUUAAUACUGUUACAACUUGCUGUAUGUAUUGACAUUAACGGAAUGACUGUAUGUUAAUACUGUUACAACUUGCUGUAUGUAUUGACAUUAACGGGAUGUCUGUAUAUUAAUACUGUUACAACUUGCUGUAUGUAUUGACAUUCUUGCUGUAUGUAUUGACAUUAACGGGAUGACUGUAUGUUAAUACUGUUACAACUUGCUGUAUGUAUUGACAUUCUUGCUGUAUAUAUUGAUAUUAAGGUAGCGUGACUGUAUGAAAAUACUGUUACAAAUGCAUGUAUUGACAUUAGGGUAGAAUUUUAUGUAAUCAUUGUGUCUAAGGUUCUUCUAAAUGUAUCCUGACAGUUGUGUUUGUUUCUCUCUGUGUUUAUCAUUACCACAUUACAGCUCUUUUGAGGUAGAUAAUACAGAAAAAACAUCAUAGCUAUACAUACAAUGUUCUUUAAUAGUCUUCAUGUGUCCAUGUUUGUUUUUUCAUUGUAGCAUCAGUACAACAAAUUCUAUGAUUAUUUCUCACUUACGAUUAUUGCAUCGUUGAAAACUUACCCAUGAUUUAUCUAACUUAUCCAUGAUAAACUUACAUGUACAUUAAACCAUAUAUAUUUUACAAUAAGCAAUACUCUUUAGUCUUACUUAUUUAUGAGCUUUGAUCAAAUGCAUAGUAAGAAUGCAAAAAAAAUGUCAUGAGAAUUGGUGCUGUUUAAAUGCUGUCUGAUUUAUUUUUUGAACAAUUUCAGGAAGUGAUGUUGAAGUGUUUGUAAUCACUUUGUUGUUUUAUCCUUGUUCAAUUAACCUUUGGAAAGUACACAUUUGUGAUAUUCUGUGUUAUUUAUGAAAUGUUGUUUCUCCGGUUUGUAUAAUGUUAAAAGUGUUUAAGUACAAUCAUGUUUUUUCUUGUUGGAACUAUAUUUUAAAAUUGUUAUUAAAUAUACAUGUUGUUUUAAUAUGAGUCAUGUUUAUGUCUUAAAUGGUUUAUAAAUAUCAUGGUAAACUGGCCCUUCUACACUUGACAAGUUAAAAAUGAUCAUUUAGCCAUUGACAAUAUCAUUUUUAUGACAUUUUACAGGAAGCAUCAAAACAUACCUUGAAAUACAUGCACAUUAUGAAAUUCACAAGUUUUUGUGUUUAAUCUAUUGGUAUUUGACAUUUGAAUUCACCAGUGAAAGUUUUACAAUUUUGCAAGUUUCACACAUAAUACUCAGUGUUAACUUUUUAAACAAGAUAUUUUCUAGCCCUUUCCCGUGAUCUCCCCACUGGCACCUGCUGUAUGGUAUGUGCAAUAUGUCCAACCUUCGCAUUAUGUGACACACUUCAAACGCUGACAUCUUUCAUUUCAUGAAAAUGUUUGAGGUCCCCAUUGGCCUAGUUUUAGUCAAAAUUCAUGUUUGUACUGUUAUGACACGUUCUUGAGUUCAGUGAAAGCACAUUUAGUGUUGUUGUUUUUAGAAACUUACAAGAUGUAAUGUUUUCAUACAUGAAUUAUUUUACAUGUCAAUGUAUACAGUGAAUAUACUUUUCGUUUUAAAACAGUUUGUGUAUAUUAUUGUAACUAAUAACUUGAUUAUGAACUAUACAUGUAAUGGUUAAGGCCUGUUAUUUAUAUUUAGUUUAUUAACCAUUAACUGAUAACAACCAUGACCUUUAAGUUACAAAUUUCUUGAUUUGAGAACAUACGAACGUUUUCAUUUUUAUUUUUUUUUAGCAUAACUGAUGUACAUUUUAUAGAAUAAGAAUCUGCCAUAAUGGUUUUGACCUGACACAAUUCUAGUAUAACUUUUGUUAUCUUUGUUUCAUCCUUUCACAGCUAGCAUUGCGUAAGGAAUGAAUCUCUGAUAUAAAUCUCCAAGACAUUCACUAUUUGGUGUGCUUUUAAGAGGAAAAACAUCACAGUAUUGUUAAAGCCUUGGUUAUGUCAUCACUGUGCAAACACCUUAUCCACAAGUAAAACCUUUCAAAUUCAGAUGAAACUUAGUACAUACGUUAGUACUGGUAAUAUGCUUCCAUGAUGCAAGACCCAUAACUCUGGCUUUCAUAAUUGCCAUUUGUAAAGGUUGUAGUUUAUUUGCAAGUUUUAAUGAUUUAUGCAAUGCUCCAUUUUAAAACUGUUUAGGGUAGACUCCGGCUUAGGCUUAUCAGUAUUAGUGAUGCAAUAUUGUAGUGAGGCUCUCUGUAUGCAUUUAAACAUGCCGUAUAUUUCUUGUUAAAACCUUGUCUUCAGAUUGUUACGUAUGUCUCAUAUUAUGAUGUGGUUUGCAAUGUAGACAUUGCUACCAAACGUGUGAAAUGAAAAUAAAAGUGGACCACUUA